GUGAAUUGUGAGUUAUCAGUAAACAGGUUACUAUUGAUCGCUGUCUAAGGAUAACAAUGAACAAGUCAGAAGCGUUCAAGCUUAUCAGCGAGUGUGUACUUUUGUCCACGGCCUCGUUUUCGGUGUACUAUUUGCUGUCCACAUUUCUGGGCGACCCAAGCCAUCGAACAACCGAUGAGCGUGACCGGACAUCCAAACAUCUGGCUAGCCUAAGAAAUAGGUCUCCAGAAUUGAAGAAGGUAUUAUCAUCACUUUCCAACUAUGAGAAAAUACUGCUGGCGUAUUUGGUCACACCUGACGAUAUAAAUGUUUCAUUUACGGACAUUGGAGGGUUGGAUGAAGUGGUCAACGAUCUACGUGAAAGUGUUAUCUUGCCUCUUGUUUACCCUGAAUUGUUCACACAAUAUGGGUCUUUGCUGGCUGCUCCAAAAGGUGUGUUACUCUACGGCCCUCCCGGAUGUGGUAAGACGAUGCUUGCUAAGGCGCUUGCUAAAGAGAGUCGGUCGAACUUCAUAAGUAUCAGAAUGUCGACUAUCAUGGAUAAAUGGUUUGGCGAGAGCAACAAGCUAGUUGACGCCCUGUUCAGUUUGGCGAAGAAGCUUCAGCCGUGUAUUAUCUUCAUAGAUGAGAUUGACUCGUUUUUGAGAGAAAGGAGCUCGACGGACCAUGAGGUCACCGCUACGUUAAAGGCAGAGUUCAUGACGUUGUGGGACGGGUUAGUCAGCUCUGGGAGAGUGUUAGUGUUAGGUGCCACAAACCGACCAGGAGAUAUCGACUCUGCGUUCCUCAGACGGAUGCCUAAGAGAUUCAGUAUAAGCCUUCCGAAUGCCGAGCAGCGUACGAAGAUCUUAGACAAGCUGUUAAAUGAUGUCGAUGUCGAGUGUGACGUUCAAGAGCUCGUUGACAUAACCGAGGGAAUGAGUGGAUCUGAUUUGAAAGAGCUUUGCCGUAACGCGGCGGUGAAUUCUACGAGGGAGUACAUCCGAAGACACUUGAUUGACGUGAACGGAGAUCUUGUAGGAGGAGGCGGAAGAAAGAUUACAAUGAGGGCUUUGGAGUUGAAGGACUUCAUCGACAGUAUGGAGCCUGAUCGGGUCAUGAAGCUCAAGCUCACGACAGACUUGGACUAGACGACAAAGCGUGUCCUCAUCUGCAUGCUCAUAUUUUCUUUUUAUAUAAACUGUUUCUCUAAUCAUAACUGGCUAGAUUUAUAGGACUGUAACGAUUUUUUGCAUUUAGCAUAAAAGAAAAAUAGAGGAAAUGAAAUGUGUCCC